UUAGUUGUUGUUUUUUCCGGUCAUUUUUUAGUGUAUGUUCUGAGUAAGAGAGAGAGAAAUAAAGUCUACUUUUCUCCAUGCCACCUCAAGCGUCGGGAAAUGCUGUGUUCUUAGCUGCAAAGGCCCAGAAAGCCAUACGAGCUGGAGAAAAGAAAAAGCGAAAGAAGAGGAGGAAGGAGAGCUUCAGUAUUUACAUUUACAAGGUUCUCAAGCAGGUCCACCCGGAUACUGGAAUCUCCAGCAAAGCUAUGUCCAUCAUGAACAGCUUCGUGAACGACAUUUUCGAGAGAAUUGCCGCUGGAGCUUCUCGACUGGCCCACUACAAUAAGCGAUCAACUAUCACGAGCAGGGAGAUCCAGACUGCAGUACGUCUGCUUUUGCCUGGAGAGUUGGCCAAACACGCCGUCUCCGAAGGGACCAAGGUUAUCACCAAGUACACCAGUUCCAAGUAAUAUGUUUUUCUUCUCUUUUCAAUUCAAACGGCCCUUUUCAGGGCCACCACAUCUUGAAAAGGAGAAAGUCAUUUCGUGUGCAACACGAAGCUAUAUCAC